ACGCAAACAGCAGUGAUCGCAGAUCCGGUUCGUGGAUGUUGAGUUGAGUCUGUGUGAUCUGUUUGCGUGAUGUGGGAUCAUCAGUGCGUGUCUCCAGUCAUCGAGGUCUUUAUUCCGUCUCUCAUGAGGGAACUGGACGAGACCGGAAAGUUGCGCAAACUCUUUAGGUUGGAGGUUCUGUUCAACGGAAGGAAGCACUUUGUUUUACGUCGACACAGUGAAUUUCAGACGCUUCACAGAAAGCUAAAGAAGAUCCUGCGAGCUCCUGAUUUCCCCAGUAAGAGAAACCAGCACCUGCGAACCAAACCACUGGAGCAAAGACGACAUGAACUGGAGGAUUACAUCCAGGUCAUAUUGUUUCAAAAUGAAAUCGUUCCUCAAGAGCUCUUGGACUUCCUGCAGGUCAAACAUUUUCAUGCAGCCACCAAGAACUGCAGCUUAGAUGAAAGCCAGUCAGAUGACCCUCAAGAGCAGGGUUACAGGAUUCAAUUGUUUCAUCAGCAAGUAGUCGGUUUCUCAGAUGACCCAUACCAGUGUGAAUCCAGCUCUGAUCUUCCUGAUAUAGUGGUGGCCGGUGUCCUGCAGGGUUUGUACCCAAGAGAUGUCAAAGUGAGUUUUAAAAAGAGUAAACUCAGUGCUCCUGCAGGCCUCACCUGUGUACCGGAGCUGCCCGUGCAUCCCAGAAUUCCCACCAUUACCAUCAGCAGAAGCAACGUUAGCUUGCUGCCCGAGUCUCCGAGUAUAUCAACUCAAACAGUUCAGUGUUAACCAGUUCAUACCACAGUAUUAUACCGACUGAAACCUUUAAGAAAGCAAGCUAUUGAAAUACUACAAUUGAUGUUUACGGAUCUUUUGGGUGAAGAUUUAUGCAAUAAUUGUGUAUUGAUAUGAAAUUGUCAUUUUGCAGAAAUAUCUUUGUGGUUCAAACUUGUUUUCUUUUACAACUUUUUAUAUUUUGGGAUGAAAUGUGACCUAGACAUUUCCUCAGGAGAUCUAAUUGAUAUUAGUGCCAUGAGAAAUGUAAUUUUGAUUGAACCGUUAGCCAACUAAAGCCUUUUUAGUUACAGUAUUUCUAUUAAAUGAAGACUACAACACUGA